AAAUUAUUAUUUUGAAGGCUCUAGUUCUGGGGACAGAAAGGGGGAGAGGGGGGAAAUCAGAAACCGAGGACAACCCAAAAGGACUCACUUUGCCUGAUGACUCAACGUAACUAAUAAUCAUCUCCCUCUCAGUGUCUCUCUCUCUGCGGCUUGUCAGUGAGUCCGGCUCUGGCUGCUGGCGGUGGUGGCCGAGAGGCUGGAGGUGACAGCUCUGGCGGUCGCCGCGCUCUUUCCUGCGCGUGGUCCCCAGUCGGGGCACCUUCCUGGCUUUCAGUAGCUCCAGCCCCGCGCCUCCGGAGCUAGCGGACCUACGAAUCCGCAGCUCCGGCUGGUCACCGCUGCUUCCCGGUUCUCAGCCUUUUCUCUUCAGAACCGGUCUCCUUCUCGAAGGUGUGAAAAGGCGGUCUUCAGCCUCCUUCUUUCUCUCCCCCUCCUCCGCCAUCCCCUCCCCCUUUCGCUUGGUUGUUCCUUUGGAGGAGUCCUCCUUUCCCUCUCCUCCCCCCUCGCCCUCCCCCAUCAUCAUCAUCAUCAUCAUCAUCACCAUCAUAACAACCAUCUCCUCACAAGAAGAAGACACCCUGACCCAGGACCUUAAACGUUAGGACCUGGGAGAGAGGAAAGGGGAAGGAGUAAAAAGAAAGGAAGACUAGAACAACAUUGCAAGGCAAAGCACCAGAAACUUUCCACCCUGGAUUCUCUACUUUUGCUCCAUGGACAGAGCACCAGCCAGCCAAGUUACAGACAGACCGUGAGCAGUCCCUGCGCGUUUUAUUGCGACCUGCCGGUGGGAACUUUGUCUCCGAGUCUGAGCAGCAUGGAGCGGCGGAGCGAGAGCCCAUGUCUGCGGGACAGCCCCGACCGGCGGAGCGGCAGCCCGGACGUCAAGGGGCCUCCCCCAGUGAAGGUGGCCCGGUUGGAACAGAAUGGCAGCCCCAUGGGAGCUCGCGGGAGGCCCAACGGCGCAGUGACCAAGGCCGUGGGAGGUUUGAUGAUUCCUGUCUUUUGUGUGGUGGAACAGUUGGACAACUCGCUUGAAUAUGACAACAGAGAAGAACAUGCUGAGUUUGUCCUGGUUCGAAAAGAUGUGCUUUUUAGCCAGCUGGUGGAGACUGCGCUCCUGGCCCUGGGGUAUUCCCACAGCUCAGCAGCACAGGCACAAGGAAUAAUCAAGCUGGGGAGGUGGAACCCUCUCCCCCUUAGUUACGUGACUGAUGCACCCGACGCGACCGUGGCCGACAUGCUACAAGAUGUCUAUCAUGUUGUGACGUUGAAAAUCCAGUUGCAAAGCUGUUCGAAGUUAGAAGACUUGCCUGCGGAGCAGUGGAACCAUGCCACAGUCCGCAAUGCCUUAAAGGAACUGCUCAAAGAGAUGAACCAGAGCACAUUAGCCAAAGAAUGUCCUCUCUCCCAGAGUAUGAUUUCAUCCAUUGUAAAUAGCACAUAUUAUGCCAAUGUGUCAGCAACCAAGUGCCAGGAGUUUGGGAGAUGGUAUAAGAAGUACAAGAAGAUUAAAGUGGAAAGAGUAGAACGAGAAAACCUAUCAGACUAUUGUGUUCUGGGCCAGCGUCCAAUGCAUUUACCAAAUAUGAACCAGCUGGCAUCCCUGGGAAAAACCAACGAACAGUCUCCUCACAGCCAAAUCCACCAUAGUACUCCAAUCCGAAACCAAGUGCCCGCAUUACAGCCCAUCAUGAGCCCUAGUCUUCUUUCUCCUCAGCUGAGUCCACAACUUGUCAGGCAACAAAUAGCCAUGGCCCAUCUGAUCAACCAACAGAUUGCUGUUAGCCGGCUCCUGGCUCACCAGCAUCCUCAAGCCAUCAACCAGCAGUUCCUGAACCAUCCACCCAUUCCCCGAGCAGUUAAACCAGAGCCAACCAACUCAUCUGUGGAAGUGUCUCCAGAUAUCUACCAGCAAGUCAGAGAUGAGCUGAAGAGGGCCAGUGUGUCCCAAGCUGUCUUUGCACGAGUGGCUUUCAACCGCACACAGGGAUUAUUGUCUGAGAUUCUGCGUAAAGAAGAAGACCCUCGGACGGCCUCUCAGUCUCUUUUAGUAAAUCUGAGGGCUAUGCAAAAUUUUCUCAAUCUGCCGGAAGUGGAGCGGGAUCGCAUUUACCAGGACGAGAGAGAGCGGAGCAUGAACCCCAAUGUGAGCAUGGUCUCGUCAGCCGCUAGCAGUCCCAGCUCCUCCCGAACCCCCCAGGCCAAAACCUCGACACCGACAACAGACCUCCCCAUUAAGGUGGAUGGCGCCAACGUCAACAUCACAGCUGCCAUUUAUGACGAGAUCCAACAGGAGAUGAAAAGGGCCAAGGUGUCUCAAGCCCUGUUUGCCAAAGUGGCUGCAAAUAAAAGUCAGGGCUGGCUUUGUGAAUUACUCCGCUGGAAGGAGAACCCAAGCCCAGAAAACCGCACCCUCUGGGAGAACCUCUGCACCAUCCGUCGCUUCCUGAACCUUCCCCAGCACGAGAGGGAUGUGAUCUAUGAGGAGGAGUCCAGGCAUCACCACAGCGAGCGUAUGCAGCACGUGGUCCAGCUUCCCCCCGAGCCUGUGCAGGUCCUACAUAGACAGCCAUCUCAGCCAGCUAAGGAGAGUUCUCCUGCCAGAGAAGAAACGCCUGCUCCGCCUCCUCCAACUGAAGACAGUUGUGCCAAAAAGCCCAGGUCUCGCACAAAAAUCUCCUUAGAAGCCCUGGGAAUCCUCCAAAGCUUUAUUCAUGAUGUGGGCCUGUACCCCGACCAGGAAGCCAUCCACACUCUUUCAGCCCAGCUGGAUCUUCCCAAGCACACCAUCAUCAAGUUCUUCCAGAACCAGCGAUACCACGUGAAGCAUCAUGGGAAACUCAAGGAGCACCUGGGCUCUGCCGUGGAUGUGGCCGAGUAUAAGGACGAGGAGCUGCUGACAGAGUCUGAGGAGAAUGAUAGCGAGGAAGGCUCCGAGGAGAUGUACAAAGUGGAGGCCGAGGAGGAAAACGCUGACAAAAGCAAGGUCACGUCUGCCGAAAUCGACCAGAGAUAAUGUGAAUUCCAACCAAGCAAAGCAAUACAUCGGUCCAAGGAUUUUCUGCUUUAGUUCUUUUCUUUCUUUUUAAAGAUUCUUUUUUGUUUGGAUUUAUUUUAUUUUUGCCUUUUUUGGUCUGUCUUGUUUUCUUUAGCCUUUUUGACAUUUCGUUGUUGCACAGGAUGUACCUAUAGAUGGAGUAAGUUCAGUGUUUCCGUAUCAGACAUCGCCUUGGCAAAGACAAUAAAGUGUUACACUUUCACAAUGGACUGGGUCAUAGUAAUUAGAAUCACAGGAGACUCUGCCUUCAUUAUCCUUGCACUACACAAGAGAUACCAGGCAAGUUUCAGGAUG